UGGAUAACGCAUUGAGAUCACGAGUGAGUACCUCAUCACCACAACUCAACAUACCGAAGCAAUCAUGCUUGUCGAAUCUUUGCUGAUAGUUUCCGCGAGCAAGAACGCAUUUCUUGCGUUCGCCGGCAUCGUGACGGGUGCCGCCGCAUGGUCUAUCUGGGGAGGCGACGUCUUUCCUCAAGCCCAGGCUGACCCGAAGGGCAACCCUGAAGAGUGGACUCGCGAGGAGAUGCGCACAUGGCUUACACUGCGUAAUCUUCAUCCAUCAGACUCAGACACCCGGGAGCAGUUACUGGAAAGGAUCCAAGCGAACAUGAGAAUCCCAAGACAGUGAGCUGGUAGUACUGGAGGAAUUGGGGGAUCCCCAAAGCUCAAAAGCCCUAUGAUAUGUUAUACCCUUUGAAGAAUACCUAGCAUGCAUUCAUUUUGUCCCAUGUUCUUCAUGGCAUUGCUAUCUUCAUAGCAGGCUGUGCGAUGGUAUCAUCAGCUGGCUAGAGGACACAUGCUGUUGGAUCCUUUUCUCCCAUCGUACUUACAUACUCGUGAUCCCAACCGCUGAAUACAAGAGCAUAAACCGGCAACCAGACAAUAUGACUACAUACAGCCAUCCGGAAAUGCUCCUUGAUGUCAACAGGAAACACUAUUUACAUUCGGGGAUCCGUAGGGUGACCCGGCAACAUGGAAC